AUGUAUCCGACAAAGUUACCGACAAAGAUUAAAAAAACAUGCGUCCCGACCAGUGAUGGAGUAACCUGUAAACAUUUAUUCUCUACCAAAAUGUGGCUCGAAGAUGACAUUGCGAUCACUGGUGCAGCUUGCGUAAUUUUAAGUUUAGAAUAUAAAAAAAGAAAAAAAAAGGUAUAUUGGAUUUGUCCAAGUAUUUUAACCAAAAAACAAUAUAGUGGUAGUGAUUUAAUGAUUGAUCUCAACGUGCUGACAUUGAUCUAUCUGGAGAAUUGA